UGUCACUCGCGUUUCGCUGGCGUAUUAUGUGAGCUCGAUACCGAUCCUUGUGCGUCUGCGCCUUGUCUACAUGGUGGCGCUUGCUUAGCUGAAAUGGGGGGAGACUAUACUUGCGAUUGCGUACCACGGCUAACAGGUAAACGCUGUGAAUAUGGAAAGUAUUGUGUACCCAACCCUUGCAAACACGGAGGUGUAUGCGAAGAAGGAAAUGAUGGACCGCUAUGUAAAUGUCGGGGUUUUGCCGGCGAAUUCUGUCAGUUCGAUGUCGACGAGUGUGAGUCAUCGCCAUGUCAAAAUGGUGGUGUUUGUCAUAACGAAAUUGGCAGCUUUAAGUGCCUUUGUCCUCCAAAUACCACUGGUGUUUAUUGUAACCUGCUUACACGAUCCGAAUCAAUCUUGGCUAGUAUAUACAACAUAAAGUUGGAAUUCCUUAUAUACAUUGGUGUAGCUGCGCUUCUUUUAAUUUUGCUCAUAAUUACGUUAAUAGUUUGUGUUGUAAAGUUGAAAGGAAAACGAUCGCAAAGACAUCAGAACAUAAUAAACAAUGAAACAAGAAAAGAGCACCAUAAUAACAAACCUAACGAGGUAGCUGAAGUCAAACGAGGUUCGAAACUGAGUAAUUUAGAAGUCAAUCAAAGAGACGUGCCGAUUUGUUUACCUAGGCCUUUAUCGUAUACUCCUAGCUCACAAAUGGAGUCUCCUUAUGUUUGUAAUAAUGCAAUUUUGUUGAAUAAUUUGGAUACCCUGCGCAGCUACGGUUCGGCCGGAGAUGAACUUGAAGUCCCAGCCGAUUACGUGCGAAAUUUAAAUUCGCAACAGAAUUCGAUCGGAAAUCACACUGAAUUAAAGACCACGUGGGCCGAACAAAUGCAGUUGGCUAAUUCGUAUGAGAAACAAAAAAUUAAAAAUGAUUUAAAAUUAUCAAGCGGAUCUGCCAAUAGUGACGUUACCAGGUUAUAUGGAGGAAAAAGUAAUACAGUGCCUGUCAUUAGUAAAUUUAAUGGAUACCCCUCUGUAACUUCCACCUCAUCUGAAGAAGACCAAAGAACAGUUGGAAGUUACCACUGGGAUUGUUCGGACUGGGCGAGACAUAGUCAGACUUUACCAAACAUUACUGAGGUGCCGGGUAGCGAAGUUCCCGAUUCGUCCAGUUUUCACAGUAAUGAAAGUAAUGAGUCCCAGUCACUCCUUCACCAGUGCCAUUACUUGCCAGGAUCGCACUCGCAUCAAAAGCAUCGCAUUGACGAGCCGAGAAAUCGCGACCCUUUGAACGAAGACUUGGAGUCGGAAGAGUGUAUGGCCGAUAGCGAACUUGACGCAAGAGCAGCUAGUCCUAAUCUUAAUGCCCUUAAUAGUUGUAAUGAAGAAUUUCAAUUCACUUCAGGGCGAAAAGAAACUGCAGUUUAAGUGUUAAAUAUGAGUUUAGCAGCUUUGUGCGUCACCCUAAUUCGUAUUUACCGAUACAUGGAUAUAAUAUUCCUAGUGAGACCGAAGGCGACUGCCUUAAUAGUUU